AUGCCACGGGCACAGAGUGGUCAAGCACAUGAAGAGGAUCAGCAAACCUUCGACAAUUACUUUGGAGAAUUAGAUGGAAUGUAUAAUGAUAAUUUCGACUUUGACAUAUCGUCUAACAACAGAAGCAUACGUGGGGGGGACCCCACUAAUGAUCAUAAUGUCGUUGAAGGCCCAAAACCAAGGAAGAAGUGUCUGCAGAGGUUAACUUUCCAGCAGACCGAGAUACUUCAAGGAUUCUUUAGCAUGUGCACACACCCGAAUGAAUAUCAAAGGAGGGAGCUGAGUGAGACAACAGGUCUUACAGCACAACAAGUGAAGUUUUGGUUUCAGAACAAGAUAACACAAAUCAAGAAUCUGAAUGAAAAACAAGAGAACUAUAGGUUGAAAGUGGAGAAUGCAAUGCUGAGUGAUGAAAACAAGAAGCUUAAGCAAGCUCAUAGGACUACGUUUUGCCCCACUUGCGAUCCAGCGCCACAGAACCAGUUCGCUCCAGAUAUGCAAAGGCUGAAAGAGCAAAAUAACUGGCUGAAGCUAGAGAUUUCCAUGUUGCAAGCUGAAACACUUCCAAGUUCUAGACAGUCUUUCCAACUUGACUCAGCUGCAGAAAAUGUCAUUGCUAGACAAAAUGACAUACAGAUGAUAGCUGAACUAACUCAGAAUGCAAUGGACGAGUUUGUCAUUUUGUCCGAGUCACAUGGCCCUCUAUGGCUGCCUGUUCCUGGUGGUUCAUUUGAAAUACUGAACAAGAUGGCUUAUGCUGCAAAGUUUGGUGGAGACAAUAGUGCAAAUAUAAUAGGAUUCAAGACCGAGGCCACUCGUGCUGACAUUGUGGUCAUGAUGGGCGCCAAAUAUAUUAUGGAUUAUCUCAUGGAUUCUGAGUGCUAUGCAUCUCUCUGUCCUGGAAUUCUAUCCAGUGCAAAAACCAUUAAGGCUUACAAGUGGCCUACUAAUGCAGGCUACAAUGGCGCUAUGCGUUUGAUGACAAUUGAGACAGUGUUCCCAUCGCCCCUUGUACCAUCGAGGAAAUGCACAUUUGUGAGGUCCUGUAGGGAGCUGCAAAAUGGGACAAUGCUCGUUGUUGACGUGUCACUGGAUGAUAGUGUUGGCACCUUCUUCAAGUGCCGCAAAAUGCCUUCAGGAGUACUAAUUCAGCCCCUGGAGGGUAACAGCUGCAAGAUCAUAGCCAUAGAGCAUGUUCUAGUAUAUGAUACUGCCGUUCACAAGCUCUACCAGCCAUGUCUGGAUGGACUCAUGUUUGGAGCUAGGCGCUGGGUGACGAGCAUCGCGCGGCAGUGCGUGCGUUUAAGAGACACCUUCCAUGUUACCAGAAGUGCUUUAAGAGCCAACUCAAAGGGGAAGAAGACCCUCAUGAAACUAGCCGAUGGCCUGCUCAUCAGCUACAGCAACAGCAUUGCCGCCAUCCCUGAGGACAUAUGGACCAUCGUGCGCGGUACUGGUACGGACCAAGACAUCAAGAUCGCACAUAGGAGGAACGAUGACCGCGACAACACCGCAAUUGUGUCUGUGAGCGCAUCAUUCCAGCUCCCAAUGCCACUUAGGGCAACAUUUGAUCAUCUCAAGAACAACAUGCUUCGUCCAGAGUGGGAUGUGUUGGUCAAAGGUGGUGUCGUGAGGGAGGAAGUCCAUGUCUCCAGCGGUGCAGAAGCUGAUGAUGCUGUCUCCAUUCUGCAUGUUAAGAAUGCCAGAGAAAACAAAGAAAACAUCAUGAUCCUCCAGAACAGCUACUAUGACGUAUCGGGCUCAUUUAUUGUGUACUCACCCAUCGACAUCCAACUGAUGAACAAGAUCAUGAGUCCAGGGGAUAUGGCAGAGAGCAAGGUAUCCAUCUACCCUACCGGCUUCUCUCUCCUCCCUGUUAGCGAGUCUACCCAGGGUGGCAUUGGCCUAGGCGAGGAUGGAGAAACUCUUGUAACCGUGGGGUUCCAGAUUCUGCUGAAGCUCGCCGGUGGCACUAGCUUAUAUCCUAGGUCUGUGUCUGCUGCCAUCGAUCUCAUGUCUGCGAACAUUGCGACCAUAAAAAAGUCCUUGAUCAAUAGCCAGUCUCAUCUAGAAUGUACCAGGUAA